AUGGUAAAUGAUGAGAACACGGCGCUGCUGAAUGCACUCUCUGACCUUCUCGAGGCGGCUGACGGCAAGGUCGACAGCGUCUUGAAGAUCAUCAAGAACGCCACAAUCCCGGACAAAGUUAUCAAAAAGGUUGCGGAGUCGGCACCAGCUUUCAACAGCGCCAUAUCGCUCACCAUGGCUAAGACUCAAAUUGAGAUCUCCGAACUAGCACAACUGCACAUGAUCAACCACUGGCGUCAAUCCAGUGGCAAGGUCAGCAAUUUGACGAGCUUGAAGAGCUACGUAAGCUCGACGGUGAAUAUUCCGCUGAUAAGUCGGUGUUAA